AUGAUUUGCUGCUCAUCAUCAAAGAAGAAAGAUGAUAACAAAAAACCAAUUGAGAUAUUAGAACAAAUCGCACCUGAGAAUCAAUAAGGAGAUAAAUCCUGUAGAACCAAUCAAUAGCAAGAGGUAGAGUUGGAAAUGGAAGAACGACCUAAGAAAAAUUCAGUGGGGUAUCAAGUGUAAGAUGAAAAUGUCUCAGCAUCAAUAUGUCCCUCAUUUGUGGUUGGCAAAACUCCGUUUACUCUUUUCGUUAUGAGUCUCCUUGAGAAAUAAUAAAACAUGAAAAAGGAGUCUCAAUAACAGGAGGAAAUGAAGAUCGACUUUUAGGAAGAUUUGAGUGUGAUUGUCAGUUACCCCCAAAUAGAGGCUGAAGUUAAGAAUAACGAAAAAGACAAAUCAUAACUUGUAGACAUUCCUGAUCAGCCUGAAGUGAUCUAGGAGGAGGAUGAGGAAGAUGACGAUCGAGAGAUGUCAGAGGAGGAGGCCAAGAAUGCAGCCAUCUUCAAAUGGGCCAAAGAAAUACAUGAUUACAAUACAGACAAUACUGAAGAAUUGAUUUCGAAGGCUGUCUCUAAUUUUAAACCACUUCAAUCAAAGGAGGAAUCAAGGUCCACCUUAGCACAUAAGGAUGGAGGUAAAGUGUGCAAAAAUAAAAAAUUAAUUAGAACCUUGAGAGCCAUUGGCAAAGAGUUGAUCAAAUAAAUUGGUAAACAAAUUUUAUCUGGAAAUUUAAAUUUAACAACUGUGUCAUUCCCUAUCAAGGCCAUGAUACCCAAAUCAGCACUUGAGAAGGUCUUGAUGUCUAGUUGUCUCUUCCCACUCUACAUCAACAGAGCUGUUCUGGAGAAAGAUCCCAUCGAAAGAAUGAAGCUAAUUAUUUGUGCCACCUUAGGUAAUUUCUAUUUGAAUUGCUCCUUUCUCAAACCCUUAAAUCCCAUCCUUGGAGAAACCAUCUCUGGUCUCUAUCAAGAUGGCACUACCGCAUAUGCUGAACAGAUCUCACACCACCCUCCCAUUAGUUACUUUUUAACCAUAGGUCCCAAAAAUAGUUAUAAAUUUUAUGGUUAUUACAAUUACGAGGCCAAAGCAGGAGUCAACUCACUCUCCUUGAGGAAUAAAGGCAAAAGGUUUUUGUAAUUUGCUGAUGGAGAAUUAAUUGAGUACAACUUCGCCGGAGAAGAAUAUAGUGGUAGUUUCUGGGGUCCCAUGAAAGUCGAAUGCAAAGGCAAGAUUACAUUUUUGGAUAAAAAGAACGACAUUUCAGCUUGUGUUGAAUUGGAUAGUGUAAGGUGGAAGGCAUCAGAUUACUUGUCUGGAGAAAUCAAACAGAAAGGCAAAAAAGUCUGUAAAAUCUAUGGAUCCUAUAUGGGCUACAUAGAAUUUGGAGAAGUCAGAUAUUGGGAUGUCAAUUACAUACGUCCAUACGAAUGCAAAGUCUUUAAACCUAAUCAAUUUCUUUUGAGUGAUGCUUCCUUCAGACCAGAUUUAAGAUAACUUAAACGCAAUAAAGUACAAGAGGCUCAGAAAGAGAAGGAUGAUCUGGAAAUGCAAUAGAGACAAGAUGCUAAACUCAGAAAACCCAAAAAAUGA